AGACGACAGGAAACGCAAAAAAUACGACGAUUUCUGUGAUAAUUGGCUGAAAGUCUUGUGAGAAGCGAUCGGUAAUGAGUUUCCGGUGUCUGCGGAGUUCACGCCAAAGUGUCUUUGCCCUCAGGUGCGCCCAGGGGUUGUCAACUCCCCCACAGGUGUUCCCAAAACCCAAAUAUAGAAGCCGUCUCUCAUUCCUCCGUAACUCCAGAAGUAGACAAUGGGCGACGAGUUGGCGCCCGCUCUCGGACUCGACGAGGCGUCCGUGCGCUUCGAGAACAAGGCGUCGAAAGUGGCGUACAUUUGGCGGCAAUUCAGCGAUUGUUUUGAAUGUCCGCUCGUCUUCUGGGCUCCCAUUCUUCCCGCGCAGACUCUGCCGCUCAAGAACUCCACGAAUUCGGACCAAAUCGUGGCCAUCACUGCCCGCCAACCGAAUCCGCUCUAUUUGACCACAAAUGAAGAGCUCUUCUGUCGCCAAACGUAUUCACUGAGAGACCAAUCCGUUCACAACAUUACGUAUUGUCUGUCGAGAGAACUCUUUCCGCAACUCAUUGUCUCUCUCAACAGAAUCACCGAAAAUGGCGGCGCCUUUCAGUGCGAGCACCGCAUCGCAGACGAGGGCCGGAACAACAUUUGGCCGCUUGUGGUGGCCGUCGGGGUUUACGUCACGUUCGCCGCCGUCUUCUACGUCAGCAGAAGACUGUUCCGAAGAUACCGCGAACGCAACGCAAUGACAAUAACGACGGAUCCGACGCCACUCUCGACCGACGAGUCGAAGGCCGCGGACGACAAGAAACGCAAACGACUCAAGUCUUUGGACUGCUUUCGAGGGAUCACGAUUCUGAUGAUGAUAUUCGUGAAUAUGGGCGCCGGUGGCUACGAAUACCUCGACCACGCGCACUGGGAUGGCUUCAACUUCGCGGACGUCAUCUUCCCUUGGUUCAUCUUCAUUAUGGGCACUACGAUGGCCAUCAGUCUCAAGAGUCAAGUCGUUCGGCAGAAGACUCCCGUUUGGCGCCUCUAUUACCAGAUCUGCAAACGCGCGCUCACUCUCUUCGUCAUCGGACUUAUCCUCAAUUCCAACGGAAACGCCAAUUGGAAGACUGUUCGCAUUCCCGGAGUUCUGCAGCGCUUCGGAAUCACGUAUUUGGUCGUCGCGUCGGCGCACGUCGUCUCUCUCCGCCUCCAU